UAAAAAUGUCCCUGAUGCGUUUUCUGUCUGUCGUUCGAUAACGAAUGAUGAUUGAAUCAGAGUAUUUUGCUAUUUAAUUCCAUAAAACUGUUGAUAUUUAUGCGAAACCAUGUCCGACAUCAACAUGGAGAAGUUUGCAAAAGCAGACUUUGGCCCGGAUCGCUACGUGAAGGAAUUAGCGAGAUCCUGCGUCGGAGGGGAGGAGCUACAACAACGAAAGGAGAAGAUUCAAGUCCUCGCCGAAGAUACCGCAAGCGCUCUCAAGAAAAAUGUUUACGAGAAUUACAUGCAGUUCAUCGAGACGGCGACAGAGAUAUCUCACCUGGAGGCUGAAAUGUACAAGCUGUCCCGCCUACUUAGCGAGCAAAGGUCUGUGCUCACGACGCUUUCUCAUGCCUCUGUUUUGGGGCACGAUAAUACCAUUUCCCGAGAGUCUCUGGAUACACAAGAUUUCGAAGCCGAGAAAGCGGAAGAGCAGAGGAAAAACAAACUCAACACUAUCAUGGAUAAGGUUGAAAGUUGCAUGAAUUUAUUAGACACUCCAGACCGGACUCUUCUUCAUGAGGGAGAUUUGCUGGAGAUUGACGCAGAAGAGAAUACUGCUUUACAGAGAAUGCAUGUUUACUUAUUCAAUGAUUGUCUCAUGCUGUCCUCUUGGAUAUCAAACCGCCGUGGCCCAAUGAGGUAUAAAUUCCAAGCAAGCUAUCCUAUUAGUACUUUGGCCGUAGUUAACGUGCGCGACCUAGGUACUGUGAAACAAGCAUUCAAGGUACUAGCAUUCCCCGACACGAGGGUCUUCCAAUGUAACAGUUUUGCAAUUAAAAAAGACUGGUUGGAUAAGUUUGAUGUGGCCAAGAAAAUGUAUAUUGAAAAUGAGAAUUCCAAACUGAAAAAGAAGGAUGAAAAGCCUAAGCCAGAAUUAGUGGAGUCUCCUAGUCUAUCAGUAGAGGAAUUGCCAUCACCACAGAUCCCAACACUACCAGAAUGGCUGGCCGAUGUCACCGAGGAAUUGGAUGUACUCAUAGUUGAAAGACAUUUUCAAAAGACUUACGAAUUAAUGGUAUCUGCUCAGAAAUCUUUGAAUUCUGACGAAUUUAAAACCCACCCUGAGAGAGAUGGCAUCUUGAAGAAGAUUGAACAGAAACAGAAGAUUCUAAUAGAUAUAUUGCUAAAAGAACUCGAUGUGACUCACAACUGGAGUCCACGGGGAGGGCUCCAGUCUUCCCGGUACCCGGUGCUUAUCCUCAACAAGUUUAACAUGACGAGUCAGGCUUGUGAACUGUUUCUGGCUAUCUGCAGCCACACCGUCAAAGUCCACAUCAAAGGAGUCCAGCUAGAGGGUACUAUUAAUACAUAUGUUAAGCAAGUCGGGGAGAUUUUCUUCUGCUCAUUGAGUGAUGCCUUAACUGAGUUUACAACUCUAUUUCCUAAGAAUAAAAUUAGUGCUUUCAUAGUGUGGGCGAGCCUGCAACUCAGAAUGCUGCUCAGUCAAAUCAUUAAACAGGUGUUCACACCGCAAUGUCCUUUAGAUUCAGUUUUGGAGUGUGUGCAGAGCCUUAGAGAUCAAUGCUCGCUGUUCUGCGAAUUUGGGCUGGACCUGAGAUUUCAUCUGAACAGCUCCUUAAGAUCACCCACAAACAAAGCUCUAAAAGAGUAUAAAGAAAAAAUUAUAGAUUCCAUGAAAUCAAAACUAGCAGAAGAUAAGUGGACCCCUGUCAACAUGCACACUAAAGCGGGUGUCCAGAAGUUUUUGACACAGAUGGAGAAUUUGGGCCUUAUAUUAGCUAAGUACGUUAUAAACGAGACAUGGGUGGACCUCUCUAGUAGUACCAUAUGGUUUGCACAGUCUGUAAUAACUAUUCAGAAAGUGGGACUAACUCUUGUUACUAAGGACCUGAUGGAAACUUUGGAUGAUUGCAUCUACGCUAUUUUUAAUGCCAGGCUAGUGCUUGGUGUAGGUAAUGAUUCAGUAUACGCUCAAAAGAAUUUCAGGUUCAUUUUGGAUACAGUGAUGCCUCUGAUGCUCCGAUGUUACAAGGAGGAGGUCGGGUAUGAGAAUGACAAGUUGUUGGCACUAGCAAAGAAGCACGGAGUCAGUGUGGCGCUGCCAAAGAAGUCUAAUAUCACAAAAUACACGAGUAACGAAUAUUUAUGAGAAUAGUCAGGGAUAUGGUGAAUGGUGUACGAAAUUAUUUUUGUUACGCUAAAGCUUUAAUACUGUAAAAUAUAGGUAGUAAGCAUGCAGGAUUUUUGUAUGAUUAUUUAAUGAAACUGAUCAAAUUAUAUUAUAUGCAAGUUAAUCAAUAUGAAAUUUUAAUAAACAAACAACAAAUAU